GCUAAAUGGGAUGAACCAAUAGUGGAAAUAAAUGGAUGGAAUAAAAAGAUCCAAAGACUGCAUAUACAACAUGCAUAAGAAGCAGAAAGAAGUUCCACAAGUUCGCUUUGUAAGUCAGGUACAAGGUUUAAUAUCUCGCAGAAAUUCAUAAUAUCAUCUUCAGUUUUUUACCCUUAUAUUUUUUGUUGCAGGAAAACCUUUGAUAUUGUGCUACGCCCAUCAUCGAUAAGAAUUAAAUUCACUACCUCCAGUGUGAUGAGCACUCCAGGAAGAAAUGAGACUAAGAAUGAAAAGAAUGGCCAAGAAGUUAAGCAGGCAUUGUCAGGUGUUCGGAAACCCAGGUUUAAAUGGACAGUACAGGUUCAUGAGCGCUUUGUUGAUGCAGUGAAUCAACUUGGAGGAAUAUACAAAGCAACUCCGAAAAAUAUAAUGAGGCUGAUGGACAUUGAGCAAAUCACGACAGACCAUAUAAAGAGCCACCUUCAGAAGUACAGACUCAAUGGUUCUAAGCAAGCAAAUACAAACACAAGAAAGAUGAUAAGAGCAACAGUAUUUCAACAACAUCAAGAACACAAGUACAGCAUAACACCUGGAUUACAUACAAUGGGAAGUAUACAGGUGAGUGAUGUACCAGAGAUAUCAACUGAAAGACAGAGAACUUCACAGGCAAAGCUUGAGUUUGAGAGGGCGCAACAGCAAGUUCAAUAUAUUGAGAGAGAUUGCCACGGCACACUGGAGCAAACCAGCAACAAUGAAGAGAGACAAUAUCCACAGGUGGAAGAAAUGGAAUUAACCACAGAGCAGCUUGACGAGCAAAGAGAAAUGGCACAGAAAGACCAUAUAAGCAUUAUGAAUUCGUAUCCAUUGAGUUCUCCAAUGGAAAGCACAAAUUAUAUCAAGCCUGAUUAUGUUGGCACAACAUAUUCAACACUUGAGAUAGAGAGGAAGAAUUUUCUUAAGCCACCAUACAAUAGAUGGUUAGAAGCACAUAAAGAGAAUGGGAAGUUUCCAUACACUUCAGCAAGGACAGAUGACAGGGAAUUAAUAAUACCAGAAAAGAAAAGGUUUGAUGCUGCACCUUUAAAAAUCAGCCUUCAAAUGGAAAAAGGAAGCACUAGCAGCGGCUUUUCUGCGGAUGAAACACACAAAAGAGGAAAGUGCUAUCAAGUUUAUGCCUCACCAACUUCUGCAGCUCAAAUAGAAGCUCAGAAUAUGGUAGCGGAAGAUAAUAAAACUAACAUUUGUAACUUUCCUGGCUAUAAAGACUUUAAGGCAAUGAAUGCUUCAAAUGAGAAAUCAUUUGAUCUGAAUAUGCCAGCCAAAGAGCGGGAAGAGUAA